GUUACGGCGGACAGCGCGGCCUCCCUCGCCGACGGCAUCGCGGACACAGCAAAUGAGUCUUCAGAGGAAGAGUCCGCAGGGGAAAGGGAAGAGGAGACCGGCGCCCAUGACGCCACCAGCAGCACCACGACUACAGAGGUCCCCGCGGGGCAGAGCUCAAACACACCAGCAGGUGAGUGCAGGGGGAGCUCCCGAGCAUCCGGCGUUCACCAGGGCGGCGCUGGAAGAAUUGCGAUAAGCAGCAUGCAGACGUACAAUCAGACGACUUCGGUGUCAUUUUUAGGAGCGUCCGUACAGAUAGUGAUUUGUAACAACAAUCGCAACGAUGGACGUGAGACUUGUGCUCUAAGUGCGCUCUCGCUUUUACAGCUCGGACUGGAGCGUUACCACGGCGUUGGGAUCCUGGGCUUCAACUCCGUUGAGUGGUUCGUCGCAGACAUCGGAGCCAUUUUGGCGGGUGGGUUUGCUGUGGGCAUCUACACCACCAACUCCCCUGAGGCGUGCCAGUACGUAGCAGAAAACUCCGAGGCUAAUAUCAUCGUGGUGGAGAACCACAAACAGCUGCAGAAAAUCCUUCAGGUUGAAGACCAGCUGCCACACUUGAAAGCCAUCGUCCAGUACAAAGACGAACUAAAAGAGAAGAAACCAAACCUGUACACGUGGGCCGAGUUCUUGGAGCUCGGACGCGACGAGCCCGACGCUCCCCUCGACGCCAUCAUCGCCAGCCAGAAGCCCAACCAGUGCUGCUCGCUCAUUUACACCUCAGGAACCACGGGCCAGCCCAAAGGAGUCAUGCUCAGCCACGACAACCUGACCUGGACCGCUUACUCCACCGCCAAGCACGUGGGUCUCGCCGCGGCCUCCCAGGCUCAGGAGGUGGUGGUCAGCUACCUGCCUCUGAGCCACAUCGCGGCCCAGAUGGUCGACAUCUGGAUCACCAUGAAGAUGGGAGGGGUGACUUACUUUGCUCAGCCCGACGCCCUGAAGGGUUCGCUGGUAGACACUUUGAAGGAGGCGCGUCCGACGGCCUUCAUGGGCGUCCCACGUGUCUGGGAGAAGAUGCAGGAGAAGAUGAAAGCUGUUGGAGCAAAGUCUUCCACCGUGCGAAGGAAAGUGGCCGCCUGGGCCAAAGAUGUGGGUCUGCGGACCAAUCUGAGCAAGCUGAACCAGAACGCGGCACCAGGCAGCGCUCCGGUCAGCUAUCACAUAGCCAAAAAGCUUGUGUUCAAAAAGGUGCGUAAGGCCCUGGGCCUGGACCGCUGCACCAAGUGCUACACGGGCGCCGCCCCCAUCACCAAAGACACCCUGCAGUUCUUCCUCAGCCUCAACAUCCCUCUGUGCGAGCUGUACGGCAUGAGCGAGAGCAGCGGCCCUCACACCAUCUCCCGCCACGAUGCCUUCAAGCUCACCAGCUGCGGUAUCGAGCUCCCGGGGUGCAAAACGAAGCUGCACAACAAAGACGAGGAGGAAAACGGCGAGAUCUGCUUCUGGGGACGCCACGUCUUUAUGGGUUACCUCAAUAUGCCCGACAAGACGGAGGAGGCGCUGGACGCGGAGGGCUGGCUGCACUCGGGUGACCUGGGCAAGCAAGACGAGAACGGGUUCCUCUUCAUCACCGGGCGGAUUAAAGAGCUGAUCAUCACAGCCGGAGGCGAGAACAUCCCUCCCGUCCCCAUAGAGGAUGCGGUGAAGGAGGCCGUGCCGCUGAUUAGCAACGCCAUGCUGAUCGGAGACAAGAGGAAGUUUCUGUCCAUGCUGCUCACCAUCAAGUGCCAAGUGAACCCAGACACGGGCGAUCCACAGGACGAGCUGACGCCAGAAGCUGUGGAGUUGUGCAGGCAGCUGGGCAGCAAGGCCACGCGCGUCUCCGAGAUCUCGGGCGGACGAGACCCUGCGGUCAACGCUGCCAUCCAGGAGGGCAUCAAAAGAGUCAACGAGAAGUCCACUUCCAACGCUCAGCGCGUUCAGAAGUGGGUCGUCCUGGAUCGAGACUUCUCUGUCGGCGGAGGAGAGCUGGGCCCCACCAUGAAGCUGAAGCGGCCGGUGGUGAUGAAGAUGUACAAGGAGCAGAUCGAUAACUGUUACAAGGACGUGGCGUCUCCAGCAACCCCCGACAACCCCCUGCCACCCAAAUAAACCUGCUGGGACCAUUUGCA